AUGUUAUCAAGAUUGAUAAAUUUUCUGCAGAAAUGCUGGUGGCGUUCAUCGGACCGUCAUGUGCACUCUGGUUCUGAUACAACUGGCCGGCAAGAUGGUUUACUUUGGUAUAAAGAUUCUGGACAGCACUUAACUGGCGACUUCUCCAUGGCUGUUGUGCAAGCCAACAACUUGCUUGAAGAUCAAAGUCAGAUUGAGUCGGGUUCCCUGAGCUUGCUCGAUUCUUGCCCAUAUGGAACUUUUGUGGGAGUCUAUGAUGGUCAUGGCGGGCCUGAGACAUCACGCUACAUCAACGAUCAUCUCUUUCAGAACUUGAAGAGGUUCACUGCUGAGCAGAACUCCAUGUCAGUAGAUGUAAUACGGAAUGCAUUUCAGGCAACAGAAGAGGGAUUUAUAUCUGUGGUUGCUAAAGAAUGGCCGAUGAAACCACAACUGGCUGCUGUUGGUUCCUGUUGCCUGGUGGGUGUGAUUUGUAACGGUAUCCUUUACAUUGCUAACCUUGGUGAUUCCCGAGCAGUGUUGGGAAGAGUUGUCAGAGCAACUGGUGAAGUUCUUGCCAUCCAGCUGUCAGCUGAACAUAACGCGAGCAUAGAGUCAGUCAGACAGGAGUUGCGUUCUAUGCACCCAGACGACUCACAGAUAGUAGUUCUUAAGCAUAAUGUGUGGCGUGUGAAGGGCUUGAUACAGGUUUCUCGAUCUAUUGGUGACGUAUAUCUAAAGAAGGCCGAAUUCAACAGGGAACCUUUAUUUUCCAAGUUUCGUCUCCGUGAACCUAUUAUAAGGCCCAUAUUAAGCUCUGAACCAUCAAUUUCAGUCCUUGAACUUCAACCACAUGACAAGUUUCUCAUAUUUGCUUCUGAUGGUCUUUGGGAACACCUCAGCAAUCAGGAGGCGGUUGACAUAGUACAAAAUCAACCCCACCAUGGAAGUGCUAGGAGGCUAGUCAAAGCUGCAUUGCAGGAAGCAGCAAAGAAAAGAGAAAUGAGAUAUUCUGAUUUGAAGAAGAUCGAUCGUGGAGUCCGGCGGCAUUUUCAUGAUGACAUCACGGUGAUCGUUGUAUUUCUAGACUCAGAUCUCGUAGCCAUUGAAGGUGUGUUUUGGUACUCAGCAGUGAAUAGGACUUCGACAGUUUUCUUUUCUAUCUUGAUACUGUUAGAUGCUGUCCUGCCCUUCUUAUCAAACAUGCCACAGAGCAUAGUAACAUCUGCCGGAAUAAAGCGGAAGCAGUAA